AUGCAGAUCUCCUCGAUAGUCUCUCUUGCGCUUCUGCCCUUGUUGGCAGUUGCUGAUGGCUCUGUCAGUACCGCAACUUCUACCACGACACUGUACAAGACCAUCACCAUCCAGAGGGCCGUUAGCACCUCCACUGCUUGGAACUCGACGUUGAGCUCCUACCCUACUGGCACUGGAUCCUCUUCGUCCUUCAUCGCAGCCACCACCACGAAGGCUACCAGUGGCAGCACCAGCGGCACUUCAUCGACCGCGAGCGCAGCUUCCAGCAGCUCGACCGUUGGUAGCGCCGCCGUCUCUCUAGAGGCUGCCAAGGUUGCAGCUGCUGGUGUCUUUGGUAUUGUUAUUGCUGCUCUGAUGUAA